GUAUGGAACACGCCGGUGAAUCAGAAAAGCAAAAAAAAUGUAGGAUAAGUUGGAAAAAUAUGAACGUGGUGAAAACGUUUCUUGAGACCUGUAUCCAUGAGAUUUCCGUAAACGGGCGGGAAGGUAGUAGUCUGAAAGCACUUUCUUGGAAGAAAGUUGCUGACGUUUUGAAUGGGACUCAUAAGUUUUCUGUUGAUCGAAAGCAAAUGAAAAAUCAUUAUGAUUAUCUUAAAGGAAAAUAUGGAGCCUGGUUACUGCUCAAAAAUAAAACAGGCAAUGUGUAUGAUCCGUCCACCAACACAUUUAAUCUUACGCCCGAGGAAUGGGAGGUUGAAAUUAAGAAAAAUAAGUACAUUGAAACUUUGAGGACUACAUCGCUUCCAUUCCCUGAACUUUGUGCACAACUAUUUGAUGGGUCUGUUGCAACGGGCGUUGAGAGUUGGGGACCCACUUCAACUGAACCUAUGCCACAUGGACAUACUUCAUCUGAUGGUCCAAUUGUGGUUGAAGAAGAAGUGGAGUUUGAAGGUGCACAAGAUAUGUCUACAUCAACCGGUCAAUGUUCGAAAUCAAAAAAACUCAAAACUAAGGGCAAACAAGCAAAUUCAGCCAUUGAUGAAGAAGUUUUGACUGUGAUUCGCUUAGUUGCUUCAAAACAUGCGAAGCCCGAAGCACCUUCAAAACCUGAACCACCAACUUUUGAUGAUUGCAUGAACAAACUAAAAAUGCUUGGAUGGGAAGGAGAUGACCCACUCUACGGAGUUGCCCUCGCAAUAUUUUGUGAUCCAAAUGAUCUUUAUCGCGAAGCAUGGAUGAAAAUUGAAGCGGAACUCCUCCCAAAUUGGGUCAAAAUGAUUGGGAAAAAAAUAGGAUUUAUGUAGGUUGUUAGUUCUCGUGCAUUUCUUUGAGCGUAUUCAGGACUACAUUUGGUAUUUAUGACUCUUGUUUUUUUUUUUGGAUGAUUUAUGACUCUUGUUUGUAUUUUUA